AUGUCCAAAAAACACACAAGGAAUUUGUCUCCGGUAGUUGGAGCCGCUCGAGUACGACAACAGACAGUCAAUUUACAGAACACUUUGGAGACAGAAAGACAUUGACAAAAAAAGAAAACAGUCACUGAGCAGUAAAGGGUUGCUAGUUAUCUGGUAAUGCCGGUACAUUUGAUGCAAAUCAAGAUAACCACAAGACAUGGAAUUACAACUACAAUGUUCUUAAAGCAACUCAAAUAUAGUUUAUGAACGCAUACUUGAAGAACACAGUCAAACAAGGACAGAGUGGGACGUCUUGUCGGCCGUGGCGUGUGAGCAUAUCUUUACAACCCGGAAAUACAUUGCGCGUGUCCGGCCGCGGGUUUGUAAUAUGACGAAGAAGACGCUCACGACCAACAAACAAACAAACAAACGACAGUAGUUUGCUAACUAACGCCAACACUAAACAACAGACAAGCAUGGCAAUUCCUCCAAAGCUUGCACGUUCGUUUCUCGGUAGUCCGUCGGCCUCUCUCGCCGACACAAAAAGAUUUCAAUCGAAGGAAACAUCGGGUCCGCUCGAGCAUUCUCAAACUGAGAGCAAGCGAGUCGCUGGAAUGACUUCAAACUUCACAGAAAGCAAGAAGAAGAAUAGCGAGUCAAGGACAUGGAAGGUUUCGCCCGUGGACGAAUCCUAUGAACGUGGGAAACCGAGGAACGCUUUCGUCUUUGUCAGAACCACAGACAAUUGAAAUGGAGAAAUUCCAAAACCAGGAGGUACGUGUUUGGGUGUGCGCUGCUGGAGGGCGGCGGCCUGAGCGAGGCGGAGUGGAGCGUCUCCCGGGACUGGCACUGUUGGCCGACGUCGCCCUGGACGCCUUCAUUUACCUCAGGGCCCGAGGCGCAGUUGCAAGAGUUUCUGUCCAUGUUGUAGACCCCCCCCCCCAAACUCAGUACCACUGGGAUUGGUCCAUCUGUUGGAAGAAACCAAUCCGCUUUUCAUCCGCCCCUGAACGCACCACGAGAUAGACACUGACCAGUUGCGUCAAGCUGGUCUUUUUUAUUCAAACGACUUUUCCACGGACGCUCACACUUAAUUUGUUUUGUGAAUGAGUGACAUUAAAUGCCCGUCUUGCUGCCGUUGGCAAUCAUUGUCCGGGCGAUUGCGCAAGCGCCGAGCCGGCCGUCAAUGUUCAACCGAGCGGUCGCUGCGGCGGGCCAAAGGAAACGUUCCCGCAAAAAAAACCGCUGUGUUCAGCUGGUGACCCGCCGACUUGUUUGUUGCUUCGAGUCGCGGGGGUGAAUUCCGAGUGGAGGUCGCCUCUCGUGUAGUGCUUCGCGCAGUCUGGGGGAUGCGGUCCCGCUCGGUGAGCGGGCGGGACUGUUGAUCGGUCUGCUGUUUGUCUUUAUGUGCCCCGUGAUUAACUGGCGACCGGUCCGGGGUGUACCCAGCCUUUCGCCCAAAGUCAGCCGCAAUGGGGUCCUUCCAUCUCUGGUGAUCCAGAUGGAAGUUACGAUGAACCAGGAAGUUGUAAUGACUACGAGGAAGUUGUAGUAAUGUUGUACUAGGACGUUUUAGCGAACUAGCGCAGUGGUUCCCAACUGCUGGCACCCUGAGCCUCGCAUGUUCCUAUUGUUGCAAGGUCGCAACCCACUUUUAAAGAAGAUAAGAACAAGGAAGAUUUUUUUUGUUUAAAAAUAGCCUAUGAAAACAUCCGUGCAUCCAUUUUCUUGCGCGUAUCUGGGGUCGGGUUGCGUGAGCAACAGCAUAAGCAGGGAAGACCAGACUUCCCUCUCCCCAGCCACUUCAUCCAGCUUUUCCAGGGGGAUCCUGAGGGGUUCCCAGGUCAGCACCGUGCCUGGAACACCUCAGCGGAGAGGCGUCCGGGGGUCAUCCUAACCAGAUGCCCGAGCCACCUCAUCUGGCUCCUCUCGAUGCGGAGGAGCAGGGACUCGAUUCUGAGCCCCUCCGGUAUGUCUAAGGGACAGCCGGGACACCCUGCGCCUAGAAAUUCUAUCCAUAAAAGGGCAGCCCGCCGGAGUCCAACCCUCACUGGAAAAAAUCCGACUUACUGCUGGCAAUGCGGACCAGACUGGUUGUACAGGCACUGAUUAACCCGUAUUGGGCGGUCCUAUAUCCCAUACCCCUGGAGCACCCUCCACAGGUCGAAUGCCUUCUCCAAGUCCACGAAGCACACGCAGACCGGUCGGUCGAACUCCUCGAGGACCCCGCCGAGGGUGUAGAGCCGGUCCGCUGUACCACGGCCAGGACGAAAACCACACUGCUUCUCCUGAAUGUGAGAUUUGACUUUCCGACGGACCCGUCCCCUCUAUACACGGUGUUGACGGUGCACUGCUUCCCCGUCCCGAGACGCCGGACGGUGGACCGGAAUUUCCUCGAAGCCGCCCGGAAGUCGUUCUCCCUGGCCUCGCCGAACUCCUCCCACGCCUGAGUUUUUUCCUCGGCGACCACCAAAGCCGAGUUCCGCUUGGCCAGGUGGUACCCAUCGGCUGCCGCCAGUGUUUCUGACCUAUGAAAACACGUGUACAAUAUAUUGUUAUAAACACUGUUGUAUGACUUGCCUCCAAAAGCAUAUUGCUAGCCAUAAAGUCCACUCGCCAGAAGCUGAGCUACACUGUGUUUGUUUACAGCGUAAACUAGUAGCUAGUACGCAAGGGGGUAACAUUUCCUGUCGCUUACUUAUUAAUACUGUAUGUUCAGUGUGGGAACUUGGUACGCGUCUGGACUGAAAAAAUAUGAAUACUGUCCUUGUCAUUUUUCGGAGCUGUUCGCAACCCACCCAAAACGGGCCACUUUCGGGUCCCGACCCACCAGUUGAGGAUCACUGAUCUGGCAGGAAGUUGUAAUGAUCAGCGGGCCGUGCGUGUUUACAAGUUGCGUGAACAAGCACGCAAUGAUGAGUUGUUGCAUCAUCGUGCCCACCAAGUUAAUGACCACAAGACUCACGGGAACAUUAACAGACGCCACAAUGGGGGGCUCGGGGGCGGGAGUGCGGGUCGGGGGGGGUGUCACGUGGAGCUGAGCCGGACCCGAGCGAGGUGCCAAAGUCUGCACGUCCCCGAGGAGGACGCGUCCCGUAUUCCGCUCGUCUGGUCCACCGGGCGACUCAGCAGACCACCCUGCAAAACUGUUGAUUUGAAGGACGAAAAUCAUCGUGGUCAGCCGUCAGCAUGGGCUUCAACGAGCUGCUAGACGAGAUGGGCGGUUUCGGGCGGUACCAGUGGCUCCACGUGACCCUCAUCAGUUUCCCAGGCCUGCUGAUGGCGAGUCAAAACCUCCUGAACAACUUUGUCUCAGGAACCCCCGGCCACCGCUGCAGCUUGUCGGCCAAUCACAGCCUCUGGAACCUCACGGAGCAGGUGGAUGGCCAGGACGUGUUGAAGGCCUUCAUCCCACUGGACUCUUCGGGAACUGGACUAGACCGCUGCAGGAGGUACGUGAUGCCUCAGUGGCAGAUGCUAACAGCUAACGGCUCCGUUAACACCAGCCACCUGCAAACCGAAAGCUGCGCCGAUGGUUGGACCUUUGACGACUCCGAGUUCCUUGCCACCACUGUUUCCGAGUGGGAUCUGGUGUGCAGCCUGCGGCCCCUCAAGCAGAUGAUCCAGACGGUCUACAUGGGCGGCGUUCUCGCGGGUGCCGUCCUCUACGGUGGACUGUCCGACAGGUUCGGGCGGCGCUCUGUCCUUAUUUGGUCGUACCUGCAGCUGGGCGUCCUGGGCUCUUGCGGCACACUGUCGCAGUCCUACUCGGUCUACUGCGUGUUCCGCUUCCUGAGCGGCAUGGCGGUGUCGGGCAUCAUACUCAACUCCGUUUCCCUGAAGGUGGAGUGGAUCCCGACUAAAACCAGGACUCUGGUGGGCACGCUCACCUCCUUCUACUUCACCUUUGGUCAGCUAAUCUUGGCGGGCUUGGCUUAUUGGCUGAGGGACUGGAGGAAGCUGCAGCUGGUGGUGUGCGCGCCCCACAUCCUCUUCUUUGCCUACAGCUGGUGGUACUCUGAGUCGGCGCGGUGGCUGGUCCUCAGGCGAAGAUCGCAGGACGCGUUGAAGACUCUCCACAGAGUCGCUCGGAUCAACGGAAAACCCGAAGUGGCGGACAAGCUGACGCUGGAGGUGCUUCACUCCCACAUGAGCAAGGAGCUGGCGUCCAAUCGUAAGACGCUGACCGCCUACGACCUGCUGAGGACGCCGGGCAUGAGACGCAUCUCCGUCUGCCUCAUCGCCGUCUGGUUCUCCACCAGCUUCGCCUACUACGGCUUGGCGAUGGACAUGCAGAAGUUUGGGGUGAGUAUUUACGUGAUGCAGCUCAUCUUUGGAGCUGUGGAUUUUCCUGCCAAAUUUGUGGCUCUGGGCAUGCUCAGUUUCCUCGGGAGGAGGGUGACUCAGGCCCUCUGCCUCUUCAUGUCCGCCCUCGUCAUCUUCGCCAACAUCUUCGUCCCAAUGGGGACAAUAAAGAGAUUUAAGCAAGCUUCAGAUACGCUGCAAUGUCAACAAUUAAUGGCGGCGGUCCCCCUGUCAGACAUGCAGGCCAUCAGAACGACGUUAGCGUGUCUCGGUAAAGCCUUCACGUCGGCGUCCUUCACCACUGUCUACUUGUACACCGGAGAACUUUACCCCACCAUCAUCAGGCAAACUGGAAUGGGUCUGGUGUCCACCAUGGCCAGGGUGGGCAGCAUGGCGGCGCCCGCCGUCCUCAUUCUGGACGAGGUGUUCCCUGCUCUGCCCAGCGUGGUGUACGGGGGGGCGGCCGUGCUGGCUUCGGGCUUUGCUUGCUUCUUGCCAGAGACGCUCAACGUCCCGCUGCCGGACACCGUCCAAGACGUGGAGGAGAGAUGGUUGCGAAGCGGCCACAUAAACGCCAGCGCCCUCGCAUUUUCAAAUCAAUUGCAUUUGAGUGUUUUUGAUUUGAUUGACGUGUCUGUCGGAAGGUCUGGAAGAAGUCCCGCUGACCAGAAGGAGAAGGAGGCCGUGUCCUCGGAAGACGAGCAAGUGGCGUUGUCUUUAAAACAAGUGAAGGAAGUUGAAGGGAGCGGUCUCAACGCCCUCUGACCAAUCGCACCUCACAUCCUAAGCCGUUCAUUCGCAGACCCGAUCAUGUGGUCCGCAUUUAUUUGGUAGACAGCACAGUAAUCACGUGACUUGUGAAUUUAUAAUUGUACCGGAGUCACGCGUGGCUUUUCCGAAUAUGAAAUAAUGAUUGAUCGGAGGCCUCGUCAAUGUGUCCUUGUAUAAAUGACGACAUUGAUGAAGGGGGCAAUGUCGUUGGUUGAAUCUACAACUGUACUGCAAUCCUCAUCUUGUAUGUCCACAAACGAGUUGAAAUAAAUGAUGAAUGAGG